CCACCCGUCCAUUUUACACGAAGCAACUGAUUUACCAGCCGCAGCGGCAUAAAAAUCAACUUCGCACGGCAACCGUGAACAAGAGGCGAGAGGCUAUCAAAAUUCAAAACCGACGUAUCCAUCACGCUCCGAGUCUCCGACCCUCUGCUCCGAGCGGCUCUUACGAAACCUACCUCUGCAAAAUCGUUUAGAUCGCUUCUUUCCCAGGACUCCCUUCUCGGUUCCUUCUCUAUUGAGGAUUAAGAUGUACGGCUUCGAAGCUCUAACUUUCAAUAUCCAUGGCGGAUAUCUCGAAGCGGUCGUCCGAGGCCACAGAUCUAGCCUUCUCACGGCUUCUGACUACAACAAUUUGUGCCAGUGCGAAACCCUCGACGACAUCAAGAUGCACCUCUCCGCCACUGAAUACGGUCCCUAUCUGCAGAACGAGCCUUCCCCUUUGCAUACAACUACAAUUGUGGAGAAAUGCACUCUUAAGCUGGUUGAUGAAUAUAAACACAUGUUGUGCCAAGCGACAGAGCCCCUAUCGACCUUCCUAGAGUAUAUAACGUAUGGUCACAUGAUUGACAAUGUUGUUCUUAUUGUAACUGGAACUUUACAUGAGAGGGAUGUUCAAGAAUUAUUAGAGAAAUGCCACCCUUUGGGAAUGUUUGACAGUAUUGCUAGCCUUGCAGUAGCACAGAAUAUGCGUGAGCUUUACAGAUUAGUGCUUGUUGACACACCAUUGGCUCCAUAUUUCUCUGAAUGCAUUACGUCUGAGGACUUGGAUGACAUGAACAUUGAAAUUAUGAGGAACACUCUUUACAAGGCAUACCUUGAAGAUUUCUAUAAGUUUUGCAAGAAACUUGGAGGUGCUACUGCAGAGAUUAUGACUGACCUUUUAGCCUUCGAGGCUGACAAACGGGCUGUCAAUAUCACAAUAAACAGUAUUGGCACUGAGCUGACACGGGAUGACCGCAAGAAGCUUUAUUCUAAUUUUGGUUUGCUAUAUCCCUAUGGGCAUGAGGAACUUGCGGUCUGUGAAGACGUUGAUCAGGUUCGUGGUGCCCUGGAGAAAUAUCCUGCUUACCAGUCUAUUUUUGCCAAGUUAUCUUAUGGAGAGAGCCAAAUGCUAGACAAAGCAUUUUAUGAAGAGGAGGUGAAAAGACUCUGCUUGGCCUUCGAACAACAGUUCCAUUAUGGUGUUUUCUUCGCAUACAUGAGGUUAAGAGAGCAGGAGAUCAGGAACCUAAUGUGGAUAUCUGAGUGUGUGGCUCAGAACCAGAAGUCCAGAGUUCAUGACAGUGUCGUGUUUAUAUUUUAGAUGCUUCAAAAUCCAUCACAUAAAAUGAAAAGUUCCUGGCCUUUUCUGUAUUCUUUUCUACAUCUCUUAUUUUAUUGUUGUAGGUUGCAGAGAUUGGUGCUGCUACUUCCCAUGUAACUAUUUCUAAGUUGCACGGGUUAAUAAUUAUUAAUAAGAUAGGAAAGAAAUCCGUGUAUGGAUUCAGUGUUUUUUUAUUUUCAAACAAGUUUUCAAAUUGAAUUUUAUCUUUGCCCGGUAAUACAUUA